CUCAGCCAAAUCAAAAAGAGCUGGAAAGGAACUGCAAAAUCAGGAGAGACAAUGAAAUGUAGCAGCUACACAAACAAACUCAUUUAUCAGGCAGAGACACCCAUCGUGUCCUUCAUACGCAUCGGCAGCUCUCCUUCCUCUUCCAAGUCUCAGCUCCUGAACGCUCUGCUGAGCAAACAGAAACACGACACGUUUUUCCAUCGGCAUUGCAAAGGCAGCACCAAAGACUGUUUGCUGAUGAAAGGUGUGGUGGAGAUCUCCUGGUAUUGUCCCCGUGGUAGCGAUGAUGACAGUUUUGACAGCUGUGUUGCUUUCUGUAACCUGCACGGAGAUGCCAGGGAUCACGAGCCACAGCUAAGCUUCUUGCAGGAGAUCUCUGCUGUGAACGUGGUUCUCGUUUCUGAGUCUGAUCAGGGUGAUAGGAAAGGCAGGAGAAUUUUACAGGACCUGUGGCAGUCUCAGAGGCCCUUGGUUUGUCUUUUCACUGAGAAAGAGAACAUUGCAGCUGGCCGAUCUAGCCAAAAUGUAAGAAUAGGUAUCAAGAACAGGAACGAAGCA